CCACAGUUAGUUCCCGCACUCUGCUUCUGACCAAGUCCAGUCCCAGAGAAAGAUCACAAACGGACCCGACGUCCUGCGGUGGGAAGGUGAAGAUGGGGAGAAGGCAGGCUCUAAUCCUGCUUUAACUCGGGUCCUGCAAACUUGGGGAAGGAGGAAUCUGGUUGGGGAAGAGGCAUUCGGUUUGCAUGCACUAGGAGCUUGGAGCCAAAGGAAAGGGUAGUUCGGCCAUGGAGAACGGAACAUGGGAAGUCGGCGGUCUCCCAGUCAACGACUCAGAUCCUGGUAGGACCCUGGGCCUGAUGCCUCGGACGCCCCUGGCUGUUCAGGUGGUGACCAUCGCGUUGGUUCUGCUCAUCUGUGGCGUGGGCAUCGCAGGCAAUGUCAUGGUAGUCCUGGUGGUGGCCCGGAGUCGCCAGAUGGUCACCCCCACCAACUGCUACUUGGUCAGUCUGGCAGCCGCCGAUCUCCUAGUGCUGCUGGCGGCUGGGCUGCCCAAUCUGUCCGACGUUGUGGCUUCUUGGGUGUUUGGUCACGCGGGCUGCCUGUGCAUCACCUACCUACAGUACUUGGGCAUCAACGCGUCCACCGGUUCACUCACAGCGUUCACCGUGGAGCGCUACCUGGCCAUCUGCCACCCCAUCCGCGCACAGUCCCUGUGCACUGUGGCCCGGGCCAAACGCAUCAUCGCUCUUGUGUGGCUGGGCACAGCAGCCUACUGUGUCAUGUGGCUCUUCCUGGUGGACACGAGCGAGGUGGCUUUCGACGAUGGCGUGAGGGUGCAGUGCGGCUACCGCGUGUCCCGCAAGCUCUACCUGCCCGUCUACUUCCUAGACUUCGCACUGUUCUACGCGCUGCCACUGGGACUGGCCACUGUGCUGUACACUCUCAUCGCGCGCAUCCUCUUCCUAGGUCCCCUGCCCCGCGCGAACGAUGCAGACUCUGCCAGCUCCAUCCACCAGGGCCGCUCCCUAGAACUCCCUCCCGGCUCAGACGGGUCAGUUCGCUUUUCGUGCCGCGGGAACAGGGGCGCCCUGAGCUCCAGGAAGCAGGUCACCAAGAUGCUGGUCGUGGUGGUAAUUCUGUUUGCCCUCCUCUGGAUGCCAUACCGCACCCUGGUGGUGGUGAACUCCUUCCUCAACCCACCCUAUCUGAAUCUCUGGUUCCUCCUCUUCUGUCGAAUCUGCAUCUACCUAAACAGCGCUGUCAACCCAAUCAUCUACAACCUGAUGUCCCAGAAGUUCCGCACUGCCUUUCAGAAGUUGUGCAGGUGUAGGACAGCCCAGCCUGAGCCUCCAUCCCAAUAUACAGCCCCUAUCUACUACAGCGUCAUGAAGGAUUGUUCCCGCAAGGAUCCUGACUCUAAUAUCAACCAUUGAAACAGCAUCCCUGCUUCUGGCCAGGGGAGCUAACUGUCCAAAUGAGAUAGUGCCCUGGGAUCUCCGAGCCUGGUGAUAGGAGCCCCAGUUAGCCAAGAGCCCUCCACCUCACCCCCAAUGCCAUUCCAGAUAGGUUGGAUUGGUUAGUCUCAAGGGUCACCUCUGUAACAAAUGCAUGACAUGAGCCUGUUUAGUUGGGUUGAGGAUGGGAGGAAGUGACCAUAAGAUUUCUAACUUGAAGGGAUCUUAGAAAUCAUCCAUAUGAACAGAACCCCUUCAUUUUACAGGUGUGAAGAUGGAAUCCCGAGAGGACAAAUAACUUGCCCAAGAUUACACAGAGAGUUAAGAACGAAGCCAGUAUUUGAACCCAGGUCCCCUGAUUCCACUCGACCACAGUGCCUGUCUUCUUAACGAAUAGAGGAGAGGGAUAGGGGGUUGGAGGGACAUUUCUCCAUGCCAGAGCCUCCUGUUUCUUACUGGGUGGUCCCCUCCUCCCCGAGGAGAUCACAGAUAGCUCAGAGUCACCAGGAGUUCCUGGGAGUUCAGGGAGAUAAUACUUUCCCAUCUCCAGCCAGAGUUGGCCAUAAUUGUCCCAGGCAGCUUGUUGAAGGGAGACUUCCAUGGAGGGUGCUUUGAAGAAUAGGGAGGCAAGCCAUCAUGGCAGAGCCAAGUCAGCAUCCUACCUGGAUGGGCAUCCCAUUCCAGGCAUCUCUCAUAGAUGUUUCUGGAUUCCCAUUGUCAGUUCUGUGAGUCCUAAGUGUUGGGGGGGGGGUCAUUUUACUUUCCUAAAUUUGCCCAGAUGUUUUCAACCAGAUAAAACUGAUUUCUUACUCGCCUGGAAAAGGGGAAUGCUGAAGACAUUUUGGAAGGGUGGACAUUUUUCUGUGGGAUGAGGGGAUGGACCUUUUUGCAUGCUUAGAAGCUAUGCUUAUCCUUUUAUUCUUUACUGAAAAUAAUAGUGGAGUAUUUCUUUAAUUGAGCUGUUGCCCUCCACUCCAGAUGCAGCUGCAUUUCUAUGCACUCUCUGUGCUUAUGGGAGUCAUUGAUGACACAGAGGCCAAGAGGGUGUUCAGAAGAGCAGAAAGGAUACAAUGGGGAAAGGGAUGAAUUUUGAAUUUUCUGAGAGAGAGAGAGAGAGAGAGAGAGAGAGAGAGAGAGAGAGAGAAUAUACUCCCAUCCAAUCCACAACUGUUGAUGCUCUCUAGCUCACAGGAACCCACCAAAAUAAUCCCCAAUUCCUUGAGAGAAAGGAAGAAAUGGAUUGGACAGACAAUGGUGUCUAGCCCUGACUUGAACUAUUCCCUAAUCUCCCACUGGGACUUUGAGUGACAGAAGUCAUUGGGAUGAGGGGUUCAACAAAUGCUUUACAAAAAGAAAGUGUCAAGGCUUCUGUUUCCAUGUCUCUAUACCUAUGGUUGCAUGCUAUAAUUAUAUCU